GCACAUACACUGACUCUCCUCACCAGGCACAGACUGACGCUGAACCGGCUUACAGGUCAAAGAAUACAAACUGCCUCCGACGUCCGUGUCUGCACUCCGACACCCUCUCACUCCACCUCUCCACCCCACAACUUCCCCUCACUCACUCUGACGCCGGCAUCGCCAUGGAGAUGAUUGUUCUACUUCUGCUCCUCUGCGCAGGUGUCAGGAGUCAGGACACGCUCGUUAUCGGUGGUCACAUCAGGCAGUAUAUUCGCUCAAACAAAACCCUGACCUGGUCUGAAGCACAGACUUACUGCAGGACAAAUUUCACAGACCUUCUUACUAUGUACAAUGAAAAAGACAACUACAUCGCACCUACAUCUAAACCAAGUUCAGAACUCUGGACCGGUCUCCAUCGUAGAAAUCCCAGCCUAUGGUGGUCUAAUGGAGACCCUGUUGAUUUUACACCAUGGUCAAAUGCUCCCAAUACAGAUGUCCCAUACUGUGCAACAGUCACAACUAACAACAAUAUUACAUGGGAAAAUUGUACCCUGCGACUUCCCUUCAUGUGUUAUCACAAAGACAUUGGUACCUCUUACAGAUACAUCCUGAUCCCUGAGAGGAUGAGCUGGUGUGGGGCUCGUUCUUACUGUCAGCAGAGACACACUGACCUGGCUGUCAUUAGAAACCAGAGCCAGUAUGAUGAGGUUAUGCAGAUAAAGAGCAUCUCUCCUUUCUGGAUUGGCCUGAAGAGCAACGGCUGGGAGUGGUCUGAUGGAGAGUGUUUUGACUACAGUUUCAUAACUGAUACAAAUUUAAAUAAUUGUUCAUACUUUAUGCAUUACAAAAAAAAUCUUGGAAUUUCCGGUAUGGACUGUGAAGGGCCAUUGGAAGCCUUAUGUUACAAAGACUUAAUGACGGUGGAGAUCAUUUAUCAGAAAAUGGACUGGGAAGAAGCCUUACAGUACUGCUUUGACAACCACGACGGAAUGCUGACCAUCACGUCAUUACACGAUCAGAUGGUGGUUAAGCAGAAGCUGAGCUCCGCCGGUUUCGCGGGUCACGUGUGGGUGGGGCUGAGACAGAGCCGUAUCUUUGGGUUCUGGUUGUGGACCAGUGAUGUCCCAGUGAAGUGGCAUAACUGGGAAGGGGGCAUGGCACCGGAGAUGCCGCUGUCCUACAACUGUGGCGCUGUAUCCAUGGAGGACUUUAAGUGGAGCGAUCAGCACUGUUUGGUCAAGCGUUACUUUGUCUGUGAGAGGAGGAAGCUUUAACUGAGAAUCGUAAAAUGAUUUAAGGUUUUUCGCAGCGGUCGCGAAGGCUUUUUGUUUAGCUUCUUGUAUAGUUAGUCAAUUGUGUCUCGUUAGGUAGAGCAUUCAACGGAAUGUGUGCAUGAAUGGGGAAAUAGUUCAUCAACCAGCAUGUUUUAACGUUUCUGUCAAUGUAUAAAUGUAUCAUGGGCUGCAUCCAGAGAAUGUUAUACUUCUAUAUUGUAUGCUGCCAAAUCGCUGUUCUGUUGCUAAUCAAAAAUAAAUAAAAACGUUUUAAA